ACCUCCGCCUUCGUGCUCCCAAGCCAUUCGUCUCCCUACUCCGUCUAUACGGGCUCAUGGCCAGGGCCCAACGCAUGCGGGAUGGCAAUUUCCACCUUACCCGACGGAACCCUUUCGAAUGUGUCACAGUCAUGGAAAUAUGGUUCCAAAUCAGCUAUUCAUGGCAUGACAUUUGGACGAAACCUAUAUUCCGCAGAUCUGAGCGGCGAUGUGUUAUGGACUCACAAAGUUAACUCCAACGGAACCGUGGAGGCAGUUGCUUCGUAUCCCAUGCCCGAAGCUGGUAUGCAUCCUCGCCAUAUUGCCGCGCAUCCUAAUGGGAAUUAUGUUUACGUUGUGAUGGAGGCUGGGAAUGAGGUUGUGGCAUAUUCUGUGAAUAGUACUACAGGGAUCAUUGAGACCGAUGUUGGUACUUAUUCGUUGAUUCCUAAUCGAAACGCACUCAAGGACUACUGGUCUGCGGAAGUGAUGAUAUCCCCAAGCACCAAACUCCUUUGGGCCACAGCUCGAGCCAUGCAAGACAGUAACAACACGGGCUUCAUUUCUUGUUUCAAUCUUGACCUAGGUGGCAACAUUACCGACCAGAUUUUCAGGCUGCCUACUACCACCACAGGAGGGAUUGCGAAUGCGGUCAGUCCAGCGAGUUGGAGUGACGAGUUUAUGGCCCUGACAGAUGUGCCGAGGGGUUAUGUGCAGAUUUGGCAGUUGGUGAAGGGAACUGACGUAGCACCAGGCAUGGUGCAGGGUAGAGAUGGUUGGACGAGUGCGAAUAUGGUGGCGCAGGUUGAUAUCAAGGAUGGUGGGUGCUGUGCAAAUGCGAUUUGGUACGAUUGA